AUGAUCCGCAGCAACAUUAAGAGCUCGAGAAUACUAUUGAAGCGUGGUUUGGCCACCGUUGCUGAUCCUGCAGUGAACCCACCUCGUCACUAUGGUGGUCUCAGCGAUCAAGACCGUAUCUUUCAAAAUCUUUAUGAAAAUUACGGUAGCGAUUUGAAAUCUUCUAUGCGUAUGGGGGAUUGGUACAAGACUAAAGAAAUCAUUCUUAAAGGUGAUAAGUGGAUCAUUGAUGAAAUGAAGAAAUCCGGUUUGCGUGGCCGUGGUGGGGCUGGUUUCCCUAGUGGUUUAAAAUGGUCUUUCAUGAACCCUCCAGGAUGGGAAAAGAAUGAAGGUCCAAGAUACUUAGUCAUCAAUGCCGAUGAAGGUGAACCUGGUACCUGUAAAGACAGAGAAAUCAUGAGAAAGGACCCACACAAAUUGGUCGAAGGUUGUUUAUUGGCUGGUAGAGCCAUGAAUGCCACUGCAGCAUACAUUUAUAUCAGAGGUGAAUUCUACAAUGAAGCCGUCACUUUACAAACCGCCAUCAACGAAGCCUACAAGGCUGGUCUCAUUGGUAAGAAUGCUUGUAAUUCUGGCUAUGAUUUCGACAUUUACAUCCACCGUGGUGCUGGGGCCUACGUUUGUGGUGAAGAAACCGCCCUUAUUGAAUCUAUCGAAGGUAAGGCUGGUAAACCAAGAUUGAAGCCUCCUUUCCCUGCUGGUAUCGGUCUUUUCGGUAGACCAUCCACUGUGACUAACGUCGAAACCGUCGCUGUUGCCCCAACCAUUUUGAGAAGAGGUGGUGAUUGGUUUGCCUCUUUUGGUAGACCAAGAAAUUCUGGUACCAAGCUUUUCGGUAUCUCCGGUCAUGUCAACCACCCAUGUGUUGUUGAAGAAGAAAUGUCUAUCCCAUUGAAAGAAUUGAUUGAAAAGCACUGUGGUGGUGUCAUUGGCGGUUGGGACAACUUGCUCGGUGUUGUUCCAGGUGGUUCCUCCGUCCCAAUUUUGCCACAAUCUACUUGUACAGACGUUCUAAUGGAUUUCGAUGCCCUUAAGGAUGUUGGUUCUGGUUUGGGUACUGCUGCGGUUAUUGUCAUGAACAAGCAAACCGAUGUCGUUAGAGCCAUUCAAAGAUUUUCUGCUUUCUACAAACACGAAUCAUGUGGUCAGUGUACACCAUGUCGUGAAGGUACCACUUGGUUAGACAGAAUGAUGCGUCGUUUUGUUAAGGGUCAAGGUACCGAACGUGAAAUCGACAUGAUUUGGGAAUUAACUAAAGAAAUUGAACAACAUACCAUCUGUGCCUUGGGUGAUGCCGCUGCUUGGCCAGUCCAAGGUUUGAUCAGACAAUUCAGACCAGAAAUUGUGAAGAAGUUCCAACAAUACGAAGAAAAGAUGGGUGAAACAGUGAGUUACGGUGGUUGGGUCCCUAAGGGUGAUGUUAAGGAAGGUAAGGUGAUAAAUAACCCGGUUCCAGAGAGCCAUUAA